GCGGGAGUCCUUCCAGCAGAACACUUUUUCCGCUGCUUGCCUACUGGUUCACGUGCUGCUGCACGCUCUCAGCUUCCAGUUCGAAUUGCCGCGGAACAGAAUCUGGACGAAGCCUAUGAUCUGGAGGGAGUUUCGCGUGCACAACGCGCUUUUCGCUAUACGUCAUCUGGUCGCUACUGCCCUUGGCAUUUGGGCCCCAGAUUGGUGGCUGCGGCAGCCAGGCAUUGGCGCCGUAACUGCCAAGGUGUGCCUAGUGCUAGCUACCUGCAAAGCAGCCGACAUCACGACUGAACAGAUUGGCAGCACGGACGAUCGUACAACCAACUCGAUGCCAUACCCCAAAAAGACACCUGAGACACUUGAGAAGGUUGCCAAAAGAUUCUAUGCCAAGUCGCAGUUUGCAGCAACGGCACUCGCUGUUUUCGGGACUCCCUCGUCAUCAUUCUGUGCGAUCCUUGCAAUUGAGAUUGCCUCCUUCCUCAUGACGCUCGUGCGUAAGGGCAUCAUUGAGGCGAGAACAUACCACAUUCUAUACGCAGCAUCGCUGUUCAUUAUGUUCCCCGUUUUGGUGGCGACUCUACAUUCCGGAGAUGCAGUUGCAGAAGCAGCUACGCUCCGAUGUUUAUUUGUUGGGGCCUUGGGCAUCGACAUCCGCAUCAAGUACGGAUUUUCGAAGUACACCGCAUGGCUUGUGGCUAUACCCGCAGGAUAUAUUCUGGCAGACACCUUGUCGAUGUAUGCCAACAUGAAGCUGUUUUUCGCAUGGCCUGGUAUGAUGUGGUCAGCAUCUGACACACUUCGAGGCUUUUUUCAAGCGCGGCAGCAGAGCAAUGCCUUCACUGCUGCGCACGAAGGCCAUGAACCUGUUUCUCAGGGAACAACAGCUCGUUCUUGUGCCGCAGUCUUCUAG